UAAAAAGACGCGUAAUUUAAAUUUAAUUUGAGUUCCUCUUUCUCUUUCCCACUCGGCCUUUUUACCCGAUCUGCUUGGUUAGGGUUCCAUCGAAUAUUCCCAAUUAACCUCUUAAUUGUCUCUUCAGAUUUCCCCUACAUUCUCUCAUUGACCCCAUCGAUCGAUUAUGGGCUCCGUUUCCGAUCCAAGUCCGUUGAACUUUGAAGAACGGAGAAUUUCAUCGACCAUGACGAUUCAGGAUUCUGGAUUCAUGAUGGAGGACGGGGUAAGUUGUUUGCCGUGCACGCCCGAGGAGCAAAAGAGGAUCGUUACUGAAUUGAAAAACGAAUCCGAGAGCAAUUUGAAGGAAGGCAACUUGUAUUUCGUUAUUUCCAGCAGGUGGUUUCGAAGGUGGGAGAGGUAUGUUGGGGUAGAUGCUGAUAGAAAUUUGAAUCAGUCUUCUGAUUCUCGACAUUCAAUUACGGCUUCUUCGAACAUGGAAGAAAUGCCCGGUCCUAUUGAUAACUCUGAUAUUGUUCAAAAUGGGAGUGAUGGCGUUUGCAAGGAAGAUGAUAUACAGCUCCGCGGAAUGUUGAUGGAAGGGCAGGAUUAUGUUUUGGUGCCUCAAAAAGUUUGGGAAAAGCUUCAUGAAUGGUAUAAAGGCGGGCCAGCAUUGCCGAGAAAGAUGAUUUUACAGGGUGUUUAUCACAGAAAUUUUGAUGUUGAGGUUUACCCACUUUGUCUUAAUUUGAUCGAUUCCAGGGAUGAAAGCCAGUUAGCUAUAUGGUUAAGUAGAAAGGCCUCGGUAACUGAGCUUUUCCAGAGGGUCUGUGCACUCAGGGGAGUAGAGCAGGACAAGGUUCGCAUUUGGGAUUUCUUCAACAAGAGAAAGCAUGCACAGUUGUUUGCUUCAAACAAAAGCCUAGAGGAAUCAAAUUUGCAGAUGGACCAAGAUAUUCUUUUGGAGCAACUUGAUGGACAUCAGUCUUCAAGAUUUGGGAUGGAUUCUACAGGAAAUGAACUAGCUUUGGUUUCUGUGGAACCUUCAAGAUCGUCCUAUACAUUUGCUGGAGGGCCAGCAUUGUCGAAUGGUCACUCCUCUGGUUACAAAUCAAAUCUGUACCCAGGAGGCUCCAUAGGCUUAGGAUUAACAGAUAGAAGUGAUAGUUUUGAUGCCUAUAAUUCUGUUAGAAAAGGAGAGACAAGGGGUUUGACUGGGUUGCAGAAUCUAGGAAAUACUUGUUUUAUGAAUAGUGCUCUUCAGUGUUUAGUGCACACACCGCCUCUUGUUGAGUAUUUCUUGAAAGAUUACAGUGAUGAGAUCAACACCCAAAAUCCUUUGGGAAUGCAUGGUGAGCUGGCACUUGCUUUUGGUGAGUUAUUACGGAAAUUAUGGUCCUCGGGACAAACAUCAAUUGCUCCACGUGUAUUUAAGGGAAAACUUGCUCGAUUUGCACCACAGUUCAGUGGUUAUAACCAGCAUGAUUCUCAAGAACUUUUGGCUUUCUUACUGGAUGGGCUGCAUGAAGACUUGAAUCGUGUCAAACAAAAACCUUAUAUUGAAAUGAAGGAUGCUGACAAUCGUCCUGAUGAGGAAGUUGCAGCCGAGUCUUGGAAAAAUCACAAGGCCCGAAAUGACUCGGUUAUUGUGGAUGUUUGUCAAGGCCAAUAUAAGUCGACACUGGUUUGCCCAGUUUGCAGCAAAAUUUCAAUUACUUUUGACCCCUUCAUGUAUCUAUCAUUGCCACUACCUUCCACUGUCACUAGGACAAUGGUAGUGACAGUGUUUUAUGGUGAUGGAAGUGGUCUCCCAAUGUCAUAUACUGUCUCUGUGCUGAAAAAUGGUUUCUGCAAAGAUCUCCUACUGGCUUUGCGUACUGCUUGUUGCUUGAAGACUGAUGAGAACCUUCUGCUUGCGGAGGUUUAUGAAAACAAGAUUUACCGAUUUUUGGAGGUGCCCUUGGAGCCAUUGGUUUCGAUAAAAGACGAUGAACAUAUUGUGGCCUUCCGGUAUCAGAAAAAGGGGAUGGAGAAAACUAAGCUAGUAAUUUUUCAUCGAUGGCAUGAAAAAUCCAAAUCAGAUUAUCUUAAAAGUGGAAAGGAGCUUUUCGGAACUCCACUGAUUACUUAUUUGGAAGGAGAUCAAAUAAGUGGAGCUGAUAUCGAAACAGCUGUUUCUAAACUAUUGUCACCUUUCAAAAGAAUGUGUUCUUCAGAUAAGUUUCAUAUUGGUAAAGAUAAUGACUUCCUCUCAGAUGGUCUCAAUGAAACAUGCAGCAGUUCUGUAGCUCACUCAGUCGAAAAUGCAGAAUUUGAGGGUACAUCGAACAUGGACUUAUCACUCUGGCUCCAUUUAACAGAUGACAGGGUAAUGACCUUCAAGCCUCUUAAGAAGGAUACCCUCUUUGAAUCUGGGAAAAUCUUAAGGGUUGUGUUGUAUUGGACUGACAAAGAACAGGAGCUCUAUGAUUCCAACUACUUGAAAGACCUCCCUGAAGUUCAUAAAGCAGAGUUUACUGCAAAAAAGACCCGGCAGGAAGCCAUCUCUCUAUCUUCAUGUUUAGACGCUUUCUUGGUGGAAGAACCACUUGGGCCUGAUGACAUGUGGUAUUGUCCUCGAUGCAAGGAACAUAGGCAAGCUAUAAAGAAGCUAGACUUGUGGAAGCUACCAGAGAUUAUUGUUUUUCACUUGAAACGCUUCACUUACGGACGAUACCUAAAGAACAAGAUUGACACUUUUGUGAAUUUCCCUAUUCACAAUCUUGAUUUGAGUAAAUAUGUCUUGAACAAAGAUGGACUGUCUUAUAUAUAUGAGCUAUAUGCCAUCAGCAACCACUAUGGUGGACUAGGUGGUGGCCACUACACUGCAUAUGCUAAGUUGGUUGAAGAAAAUAGCUGGUAUCAUUUUGAUGAUAGUCAUGUUUCUCCCGUCAACGAAUCUGACAUUACGACUUCAGCUGCUUAUCUCUUGUUCUACAAGAGAGUUGGAAGUGAAACCAAGAUGGAGACGGAAGAGUCAUCGCAUAGUCGGCCUGUCUCUUAAUUACCUAGUUGAGAGAGCAUUCUGCAAUACUUUUUUGCUUUUUUGGAGCUACUUCCAUUUGAGGUUAUGCUGCAGGCAGUACAUUGGCCGAGCAAGCCGACCACCGGUCCCUCGUUUUAUGGAAAGAUAAACUCACACCGAAAGGAUGGCGAAAUCCAGGGUAGGGGGAAAUAUCAGUUCCAAAUAUAUUGUUCAUUUUGAAGGAAAUUUUGGGGAUAGUAGGGGCCAGCAAGUUUUGGUAAUAGGGGCCUUAAAUAUGUAUUAUGAGCUCUGGUGAUGACAGCCAUCUAUUAUUAUUUGUUUCCCUUUCUCUUCGUUCAUACAGAAAUAUACUCGGAUGAUUAAUUCUUAAAGUUUAACCUAUUCAAAUGGUAUAAGAAUCGAAUUAGCACUGUUAGUUCCA